AUGGAGCCCUCGCCCCUUACGCAGCAGACGAGGCCUGCCGUGUUCAAGCCAAAGGUUGUCCAGCUGUACGAGCAGCUGUUCGAGGAGGCAGUCGAGAAACCAGAAGGGUUCUGGCAUGAGCUGUUCCUGCUCAAGCCCGACGCAGCAAGCCUCCGGAACGCACUCGCGGACUUGAGCGCGGACGACCUGCUGCACCAACAAUCAAUCUCUCAGCAACUACUUCUGCGGGCCAUUGACCGCAUCAAAUCCCAUACCUCGCCUUCGGACGAAGUAGCUCUCGAUACUUUGACAGUCUUCCUAGGCGCCGUGCUGAGCAAGAGAUACACCAACCCCAGUUCUGAUGUGAUGUCGGUUCUAGCCGGACUGCAUGCAGCGGAUGCAGUGCUUUCGGACUUUGUUAGCACCCUGGAUGGGGUCAUGCGCAAUGGCCGAAGUCUGCAGAUACGGCUGAAGGCUGUAAGAGCAGCUCUGGCCAUGACCUCCGGCGCAUAUCAGACUGGCUUGGUCUCGUACUUCAUCCACCGGGACCUAUUCCCUUCGUUGAUGAAGCUCGUUCAGGAGUCCGUCUCCGGUUCAGACAUACUGGAUCCGUUCGUCCUCCUCGGUCUCCUGACCAAUUACAACAAGUUCGAGUUUCAGAAUCCAUAUCGGUCACGGCUGAACGAUUUCGUCAACGAUGCCGCUAUCCAGAAGAUGGUGCUGUGCGUCGGGUCUACUUGCUCUUCAAUGCGGGAUAAGUACGUCACCAUUCAGGACGACUCGCCCGCAGAGUGGAGCAUUGGGAGUACGCUGAGCUACUUCGGCCUUGGUGCGCUUACUCCGAAGUCACGGCCGACCACGCCUACGCCUCCUGUUGAGGAAGCGUCCAAAUCCUUUGCAGCCAUGCCAGGGCCGGAAGUCGCCAUCCUACUUCCGACAUACGACUUUGCGAAUGCAAACAAACUGUUCUGCUUUACACUAGUGACAUUAUCACCAGAUAUCAAGACUGAGCCUUCACCAAUCAGCUCUUUCCUUUCUUUUGUCUCCUAUCUAAUCCAGCAUGCGCACCGGACUACGAGAGCCUCGCUGUAUACCUACCUUAGCCUCUCCAUCUUGCAGAUACUCGUCGAAGACCAAGCGCUGGCGAAGCGAGUAUGCAGCGAUGAGAGCAAGACUAGCGUACGCCUCUGCCGGCAGAGGCAGCCAUACUUGCCUUACAUCAAGAGCGAACGUGUCUUGGCUUCAGUCAUCCUGGAUAUUAUGAUCGAUGGUAUCAACCACAAUUUACGACGGCGUCUGGACGUAGAACUCUACAGACUCUGUAUUGGUAUCCUGCUUCGAAACAUAUCGUUCCUUAGUAGAACUCGAGUCCGCUUAGCAUAUCACUGGUCCGAACUCUGGCGCUCCCUUCUCUCUUGCAUCCGCUUCUUGACAACAUACGCAGAAGACCUGAGAUUACUGCCCGGUGCGCAGGAAUUGAUAAACGAUCUAGUGAAUCUCAUCGCGCUAUCGAUGUCCACUGGCGAGGCCUUCCUGCCAGACCCGGCGUCAUACGACGACCUAUUUUACAAGCUCGUCGAGACAGGCGACAUACUGACCAAGUUCCGGGAUGCCUAUGACCUGUCGAAGCAAGCAAGCGCCAGUUCGAUCGACACGCUCAUCAGUGUAUCCAGCCACUACCAUGCGUUGCUUGAGGAGGGGAAAGGCAAGGCGAGGAGCAAGAAUCUGAGCCCUAACGAGGUCAACCAGAUCAUCAAGCAGGGAUACGAGACUUUGUCGAUCCAGGCCAGAGAAGGCUUGGAUCAGUGGGGGGAGUUCCGAGAGGCGGAUCACAAGGCGGUGCUGAAGAGGAUAGCAAGGCUUGCUGUCGCUGAUGCGAAGGAUUUACUGCAAGAGAGGUAG